AUGUCGGUAACUCCUGGUAAUUUGUCACUCAAUGGGACGAACUUCUUCACUGAGAACCACAGCGCUAUGGACAAACCCAGCGAGCAGAGAACUUGGAAUAUCUUUCUGUUCUGCUUGACUUUUGCCAUCGCACUCCCAGCCCUUCUGGGCAGCAUUUAUUCACUGGUUUCGCUGCUGAAACUGCAGAACAAAACCACGGUUUCGAUGAUUGUGACCUCUUUGGCAGCAGAUGAUCUGAUCAGCAUCGUGCCACUGAUUAUUUUCAUGCUCACGCAGUGGUCGGGUGAAGUCCUCCCCCAGCCUCUGUGCACCACCUCCGCGUUUAUCUAUUUAUUCCAGGGCAUUUCUAGCAACCUGAAAGGGUCUCUUAUAGUUUCUUACAACUUCUACACCUUCAGCACGACCGGGACACGGAGCUGCAGCUCCUCCAAGCGCCGUGUGAGCGUGCUAUGGGCCAUCCUCACCAUCUGGACCGUCAGUUUGCUGAUGUGCAUUUUGCCUCUCUGUGGCUGGGGCAGGUACAUCCCCACGUCCUGGGGCUGCUUCGCCGACUGUGCCAGCUCCUACACUCUGUUCGUGUUCCUUGUGUACUCGCUGUGCUUCUCCCUGCUGGCUGUGCUGGCUGCUCCCCUCACCCUGCGGCUGCUGUGCUCAGGUGAGCCCCGGCCGCUGUGCUCAGGUGAGCCCCGGCCGCUGCACCCCGAGCACCUGCCGGGCUCCGGAGCCUUCACCUCCCCCGGGACCCCGCUCGCACUGCCGGAGCCUGGGGAUAAAACCCUGGAGCCUUUCCAAAACUCGGAGGCAGUUUUUGGGAAGGGUGUGGCCGAGAGCAGCACACAGAGCAGGAGCUUCACGGUGGGCUUUGCCCAGAAACGAUUCUCGCUCAUCCUGGCACUGACCAAAGUCCUUCUCUGGCUCCCCAUGAUGAUACAGAUGGCAGUCCAGCACAUCACUGGGCUGCAGAGCCUUUCGUUUGAGACCCUGAGCUUCCUGCUGAGCGUGCUGGCUGCCACUGUCACCCCGGUGUUUGUCCUGUCACAGCACUGGCUCCACCUGCCCUGCGGCUGCAUCAUCAACUGCAGGAGGAACUCCUAUGCGGUGUCCUCACAGGAUGCCAAAACCAAGCGCAGCGGUUUUGAGUUCAACCUGUCGUUCCAGCAGGGCUAUGGAAUCUACAGGAUAUCCAGGGAGAAGCCUUCCCAGCCCAGCAGUGCUGGAAAAUCCCCGUGCUACCACAGCCUGCUGAGCUCAGACUGCGAGGAGCAGGGACCAGAGUGGAGACUGUCCCACGAGGAGAGCCACACACCAGAACUGUCAGACUGGGAGUGGAGCCGGAGCAAAUCCGAGAGGAACCCUCGGCAGCGUGCCCUGCCCGUGCCCCUGUGUGCCUUCCAGGGCACCGUGUCUCUGCACGCCCCCACCGGCAAAACCCUCUCCUUGUCCACCUACGAGGUGAGCUCCGAGGGGCAGAAAAUAACGCCCAGGGCGCAGAAAAUCGAAGUGUACCGCUCCAAGAGCGUGGGCCACGAGCCGAGCCCCGGCGAGCCCCGGGAGGCGUUUGCUGACACGAGCGUGAAGAUUCACCUGGAGGUGCUGGAGAUCUGUGACAACCAGGAGGCCCUGGACACCGUGUCCAUCGUCAGCAGCAUCAGCCAGUCCUCCACGCACGCACGGUCCCCUUCCCUGCGCUACUCCCGCAAGGAGAACAGGUUCGUGUGCUGUGAGCUGGGCGAAAGCGCCUCCUACUCCCUGCUCAUCCCCUCGCACAGCCCCGGCACCGACUUCAGCAUCUCCAUCCCGGACACGGUGGAGGCUCAUCGGCAGAACAGCCAAAAGCAGCACUCGGCCAGGGCAGGGUACCAGGAGGAGAUCCAGCUGCUGAACAAAGCCUACAGAGAGCGGGAUGAGCAGGGCAGCAGCAGCUAA